CCUCCCUCGGGAGCCACCCCUAGCCCUCAGCCUCCACUACUUAAAGGAGCCAGCCCAGCCCCUGGGUGACAGUCCUGCCACCCACCAAGAGUCCAGGAUGAGGGCCUUGCCCCUGUUGUCCCUACUGGUGCGCUUGCUGCUGGCAUCUGUCCCAGCAGUUCUGGGAGCCAACCCAGGCCUGGUUGGCAGGAUCACUGACAAGGGCCUGGAGUACGUGGCCCAGGAGGGGCAGGUGGCCCUCCAGAGAAAGCUGCAGGACAUCACGCUGCCAGACUUCAACGAGAACUUCAAGAUAAAACACGUCGGCAAAGGGAACUAUGAGCUCCACAGCCUCGACCUCCGCAGCUUCGAGCUGCACGGCACUGCCCUGAAGCCGCUGCCCAGCCAUGGCCUCAGUCUCUCCAUCGCGGACUCCUCUGUCCACGUGAAGGGCGGGUGGAAGGUGAAAGUGCGCAGGUUCUUAAAAUUACAAGGCUCCAUUGACCUGAAGGUCAAGGGUAUCACCAUUACCAUCAACCUUAUGCUGGGCAGCGAGCCCUCGGGGAGGCCCACAGUCACUACCUCCAGCUGCAACAGCUACAUCCGGGAAGUGGAGGUGGACCUAUCAGGGGGUCUUGGGUGGCUGGUGAAUAUGUUCCACGACAAAAUCGAGGCCAAAUUCCGAAGCACAUUGGAGAAAAAGAUUUGUGAAAUAAUCAACAAAUCAGUGGCCUCCGACCUUCAACCUUAUCUCCAAACGCUGCCAGUCACAGCGAAAAUCGACAACUUCUUGGAUGUUGACUACAGUUUAGUGGAAGCCCCUCGGGCAACAGCCCAGAUGCUGGAUGUGAUGUUUAAGGGUGAAAUUUUCUAUCACGAUCACCGCUCCCCGCUCCCUCUUCUUCCUCCUGUCUUGAGCCUUCCGGAAGAUCACAGCCGGAUGGUCUACUUCGCCAUCUCCGAUUACACCUUCAACACCGCCAGCCUGGUUUACUACCAGGCCGGGUACAUGAACUUCUCCUUCACAGAUGACACGAUUCCACCCGACUCUCCCUUCCGACUGACCACCAGUUCUUUCCGAGCCUUCGCUCCCCGGAUAGCCAGGCUGUACCCCAAGAUGAACUUGGAGCUCCGAGGAGGAGUGGUCUCUGCCCCACUCCUGAAACUGAGUCCAGGGAAUCUGUCCGUGACCCUUCAGAUAGAGAUUGAGGGCUUUGUGCUCCUGCCUGAUUCUGUCAAGAAGUCUGUCUUCCAGCUUGAUGUGGUCACUAAUGUAUCCGCCACACUGACCUUCAACGCCAGCAGGAUCACAGGGACCCUGGACCCUAGGAAGUUACAUGUGGAACUGAAAGAAUCCAAAGUAGGCAUGUUCAAUGUGGACCUGCUGGAAGGCUUCCUCAACUACUUCAUGCUCCACAGUGUCUACCCGGAGGUCAAUGAGAAACUAGCCCAAGGUUUCCCUCUCCCUCUGCUGAAGCGUAUUCAGCUCUAUGACCUCAUUCUCCAGAUCCACAAGGACUUCCUAUUCGUGGGUGCCAAUGUCCAGUAUGUGAGAGUUUGAGGGCAAGAAGAAAGAGGGUUCUUGGAGGCCACAGCUGGAUCUGUACAUUCCUGAUGUGCUGCUCAUCCCUGGAGGUUCUCAGAUGACAGAGAUAAGGACUCUUCCUUUCUCAGCUCUGGGGAUGAGGUCUGCCUGGCCCCUGCCCUAUACACCUCCACAUUCAGCUCUCUGAUACCCCAGACUUCACAUUCUGCUUUACCACGGACUGGCUUCCCCCAGCUGACCUGUGACAUCUUUAAGGGUGCCCUGUAUUGUUUUAUUCACUAUCUGAUCUCCAUGUCUAGCCAAGUGCUAGCAGUAGGUCCUUAAUAAAUAUUUAUGGAAUGA